AUGCCCGGAGUUCUCAUCAUCAGCGGCAUCCGCGGCCUGGGUGAGUCUUUGGUCAAGCAGCACGGCGAGGCCGCUGGGAAUAGUGGCGAGUUGACUUCCAUCCCGCACCCUGACGUGGGACACGCACCCUUACGCACCCUCACGCCUACCGCACACAGAUCAUCUCGGCGGGCUGCUUCACGACCCAGGACCUGGACGGGGAAGGCCUCGACUAAGACGAGGAGGUGCGCAUGUACAAGAUUAGCGCCUUGGCUCCCAUCUUCGUGGUGCAGCACCUCGCGUAGGCCGGCGGCGGCAGCAGCAGCUUCCUGGGCCGCGGGUCCAAGCUCGUGCUGGUGUCGUCCGAGGCCGGGAGCGUCGCGCUGCGGCACGAGGGCGAGGGGGCGGCAACCACGCGCACUAUACCAGCAAGACCGCCCCAACAUGGUCGGCCGCCUGCUCAGCCUAGACCUAAGGGCUAGGGAGGUGGUGGUGCCCAUCGUGCACCCGGGCUUCAUGCACACCGAGAUGGCGAAGGUGGUUGGUUUCGACAAGUUCUGGGAUGACGGCGGCGGUGCGUUGAUGCUGCUGGCUGAGCUCUGUUUGGCCCCCACCUCUACGUCCCAACUAGGCAAUGAAGCUAACGUCGACAUCUACACGGCCGUGCCGCUGGACGAGGCGGCAGCAAGCCUGAUACAGUGGGCCUCCCAGCCGGACAUGGCCAGGUCGGGCAAGUACUGGGCGCCGAGGGGUCCGCGGGGCAUGGCACGGCCCCUGCCGCUCUGGGCGACGGCCUGCCCACCCCGCUGUGUCUGCCCUGCUAGCAUCUUGACGGUUAGGAGGGAGGCCUAG